CAAUCGCACUCACCGAAGAGGUCGGUACGGCCAAUCAAAGCCCGCGGAGCAAAGGAAACUCUCGCGGCUGUUCGGAAGUGGGGAAGGAAAGGCGACGCGACCUUUGAAGAUGACCAAUCCAGGACCGGAGGGCGGCCUUAGGCUCCACGCCAGUUCAAUGGGAGCUGAAGCGUAGGAGGGCGGAAGCAGCCAAUGGGCGAUAGACGCAGCAGGGAAAGGGCGGGUUUAUAAAGCGGGAGGCGGGCGCGGAGUGUUCUCUUUUGCGGCGCCUCUUCGUGGUCCGGUCUGUUCGCCUGGGAUCCUGCCGUCAUUGUCAGCGCCGCCAUGAAGACCGCUCUGUUCUGGUCUCCGCUCCUCUGCCUGCUCUUCCUGGGACGGGCCUGCCUGGCCGGCGACGCGGAUAUCGAGGAGGACGAGGGCGUCCUGGUGCUCAAGGCGGCCAACUUCGAGCGGGCGUUGGAGCAGCACCCGAACAUCCUGGUGGAGUUCUGUGAGUGGAGGGGCGCCGGGGGGGGGAGCGCGGAUGAGGGUGGAGAGGGAAGGCCGGCCGGGUGGGAGGGGGGACUGAGGUUGGGGGUCCCCCUGUUCGGUUUAGGGGAGGGAUGGGGAACAGGCUUUUUCACGUUAGCGGGUCGUCGUCCCCCCCGCCAUUAGGGAAACAACCCCUGCCUAUUCAGACGUUACACAGUUCACGUGAGAAGGGGACUUGCGAGAGCUGGCGUGCGCCGGCUGCGGUAAUGUCUUUUACCAGCCCAAAGAGGGGCCUGUAGGCGUUUGCUCGUCUUUUGCUGUUGGCGUGUCCCGGAUGCAUGGAAUAGGCCGGUGCUACUGUUGCUAUAUAUUUUCAGCCUUGAAAAUAGGGGUAUAGAUAGAUGCUUACGAGUUGGCUAUGAAACACUGGUAGCGUCUCAUGCAGGAGAGCACAGGGGCCCGCUGAAGAUUUUGUAAGAGUGCAAAGUGCGUUUGAAAUGCACCUCUCUCAAGUAUUGGGGAAAGGAUUGUGCCAUGUUAUGUCUGUUGGUGGCAUUGCCAUAGUACCAGGAGUACUGUUGGAAGGGGCGUGCCAGUAAAGUUAAGAGGCUUCAGUGGAGUCUUGGAAGACUCCCAAAGUUGGAUGUGCUGUGCUAGUUGCAGGUUGUUGCUGACGGCAGUGCAGGACAAGAAACUUUGAACUAUGCACUGGGGAGAGAUUUACAUCAAGUAAGCAACAGUAUUGAGGACUGAGCCUGUCUCUUGCUUUUCUAGAUAUUCCAGACUUCCUCGUUGUUUUGUCUACUCAUUGCAUUUCCACUGCAGAGACUGCUUGUAAAGUAAUAGGUGAAGAGGGGGAAACUUCAAGUUAGGAUUUUGUGAUAGGAAAGGUGCUGGUUAUAGUACUACAGGGCAGUCAAAAGUGAAGCUCUCCUUGCCAUAAUUUUCACCCCCACCCGUCACUUGGAUGCUAUCUGCAUGGAAUGUUUUGUUGUGGGUGCAUUCCUGUUGAUAGAAAGUAUCAGUGUUGGAGGGUUGCACAGUAAUUGCUUUGAUACUAAGUACUUCUCUUUUUCAGAUGCACCCUGGUGUGGUCACUGUAAAGCUCUGGCCCCAGAGUAUGUGAAAGCGGCAGCAAAAUUGAAAUCUGACAACUCAGAAAUCCGGCUGGCCAAGGUGGAUGCGACAGAAGAAUCGGAGCUUGCCCAACAGUUUGGUGUUCGAGGCUACCCUACUAUCAAAUUCUUCAAGAAUGGCGAUAAAUCAUCCCCUAAAGAAUACACAGGUGAGACUAUGGUAAUGGUUAAAAAGUCUGGAACAUGUGAAUUGAGGUGGGGGGGAGAACCAAACCUGGAACAUAAAGCAAAAGUGACACAAGAGGAUACUUCUUGGUUUUGAUGCCUAAACUGUUGGCUUUCACUUCAUGUUGUUCAGAUAUAGUUCUCUGCCUCCUUUAAGCUGUUUGUUCAUGUUGUAUGUAUAUUUCACCAGUUUAAAAGGUGCCUGCUAAAUAGUCCCACAAAAAAUGUUUUUCGUAGAGGACUUGCAACUUUGUCCUUGCAUGUAAUUAUUUUAGUCACUAGAAAGACAAGGAUAAUCUGUUAAAUAGGAAUAAGGUACUGUGGUUUCACAUUUCUAGCUUAGAACUCCUGACACAAAUUAAGGACAAGUUGGCGUUGCUUUUUAAUAGUUGCCCUUAGGAUAUAUCUGCUCCCUGCUUUGUAUAUGAUGGAAUCAAAUGCAAAAUUGCAGCUCUUGGAGCAAUUUGCUGCAUGUAAUACCCUCCCUCACCAUUGUUUAUUCCUUACAGCCCAAUUCUGUGUAUAUCUAUUCAGUAGUAAGCUCCAUGGAGGUCAGUGAGGCUUGCUGCCAAGAAGAGGUAGAUAGGGCUACAGCCAAAGGCAAUAAAUCUAUUAAGCAGUGACUAUUUCAGUGUCUGUAUUCUGAACAGCAUUCUAGCCUUGAAGGAGAAGUCUGUGACUCAAGGCACUGAGCUCAUGCUACUGCUCAGUCAUAGCCAUUCAUUCACUAGAGGCUAUUUCAGCCUCUUUCCUACAUAUAAAAUGGAUGUCCUAUUUUUUGAAGUUGUAUUAAAACUAAAUGAGAGUUUAUCAAAUAUUUCAUAUUCCCAGUUUUGUGUAACUGAGACAAGCAUGCACCUGUAGUUGAGUUUAAAAACACAAAAGCAUAGGCACUAGCAUGUCAUAAAUGAUAAAAAUAGUAACAAUUUUUCUUCCACGUGUUACUUGUUGGAAAAUGGGGUUGAGGUGGAAGUCCAGCAGUAUCUGUAGGACAUGCGGAUGAGUAAAGCUGCUUUAUAACAUUACCUGCAUUCUCCUCCCUCUUGUCCCUCAGCAAAAAACCUCUGAUCCAUCCAGCCUUCUGCUCUCUGGACUUGAUAAUCUUGCCUAUAUUCAUCACUCUUGGCAAAAUUAUUCUGAGCACAGAAAUACCCUUCUUGCAGCCCUAUGUUGCUUUUGAGUCCUCCCUGAUUCAGCUUCAAAGCUCUCAGUAGCUUUGACCCUCUUGCCUCACUGCUGGCACAUCCUCCCACAUCUCUUUCCCUGUCUCUUUUGCUUGGCCAGCUCCUCCAUGCUUGUGACUGCCUCCCAAAACCCUUCCUACAUAACCACUUGCAAAAUCACUUUUCCACGAAGCUUUUGACAGACCCCUACUCCUAAUGCACCAUUGCAACUAAGCCUUUAAUACAUGUAACUGAAAUGUAAUUUUCCCCAUGUUUACCCCAUCCCUCUUUCCCUUCCUUUCCUUUGUUUGCCAGCUUUAUCUGUUUCUAAAUGGUAAGAGCCUUGGGGCAGGGACAUGUCCUUCAUCUGAAUGCUUUUGUUGAGAUUCUUGCCUUACAGGGGAUCAGAUUAGAUAAAACCCAGGGUCAUUCUCAACUCUACAAUCUAUGAUUCUGUGAGUUGUGCCAUAUACGUGGAUGAUAUAAGUGCUAGACAAACUUCUUUUAUCACCAAAGCUACUGGCAGACCGCUGAUCAGCAUGCCUGAUCAUUCUGAAUGGUUGGUUAUGCUGAUUGUAACAUACCGUAUUUUUUGCACCAUAACAUUCACUUUUUUCCUCCUAGAAAGUAAGGGGAAAUGUCUGUGCGUGUUAUGGAGGGAAUGCCUAUGGGUGGCAUGCCUACGGAUUUUCCUCCUCUAAAAACUACGUGCGUGUUAUAGUUGGGUGCGUGUUAUAGAGCGAAAAAUACGGUACUUUUCCCUAACCCAGAUAUCAUAAUGGAAGGCCUGUGGUUUAAGGUAAAAGAGUUAUUAAAACUCCUAGUCAUAUUAAAAAAGAAAAAUCACAGGUUAAAAAAAUAAACAAUAUUUAAGUUUUUAAAAGGUAGUGGUGGCUGAUGGAAGGUUCAGAAGUGGGGUUGGGGUGGGCCACAAUGAUGUAAGAAGCCUGUUCCUUAGACAUUGCUGCUGAUUCUCUCCCAAGAUUCCAUGGUGACAGUUGGGAAGAAUCCCUCCACGCUUAGGAGCCUGCCACCUAGAAAUAGGCACAAAAAUCUCCUUUAGGAAGCUGAAUGGUCUUCAGCUAUUAACUUUUUGUGCUGGUGGCCGGUGAAAAACUGCAUUGGGAGGGCAACACUACAGAAUGGCCAGUCCCCCAUCCUUAGAUCCCAUUGUAGGGGAAGAUGAGCUUCCAGUUGUAGGGGAAAAAGUGCUUUCAGUUAUAGGGGAAGAUGAGCUUUCAGCUUUAGGGGAAGAUGAGCUUUCAGUUGUAGGGGAAGAUGAGCUUCCCCUUAUAGGGGAAGAAGUGCUUUCCGUUGUAUGGGAAGAAGAGCUUGCAGCAGCCACAGAAGCCACAUGUAGGAUAAGUUUUCCCACAGGUAUGACUGUCCUGCCUCUGAUUUUGGCUUUCUUGAAAGGCAGCCUAUGCAGCCACUUUGAGUGCUGGUAGAGUUAGUUAUUACCUUUUGCAUAUAAAAAAAAAAUAGGUUUAUUUUAUUUAUUAAAUUUCCAAACUACCCUUCAUCCAAGGAUCGCAGUGCAGUUUACAAUAUCAGAACACAAAAAUACAUUGCAUGGUAACAAAACAAAAAGCAAUAACCCAUCCCCAGGUUGCUGUAUCAGUAUAUGCAUUAAAUGUUACAGGCUUGGUUAUAUGAUUUCUUUCUCGUGUGGUAAAAGUAGCUGUAAUAAGCAAUCCCAUACAUCUUGAACUGAAUUCUUUGGGCAUCAUUUUUGACUUGGUGGGUGGGUGUACAGCUUGGUCCAGCAGAGUUUUGAGAGCUGCCUGGAGAAUAUGGAGUACACGGCCCUUCUGUUUCUCACACUGCUUGGCCAUGUCCAAGUAAGGAAAGCAGGGCUCUGUCCUCAGUACCAGCUUCACCUAACCUGGCUAGCCAAGCCAAAACACAUAUUUGUCAGGAUCUAGCCCCUCCCCUUCAGUGCAAUCCUCUGCAUGUUUUUAGACAUCCCAUUGUAUUCAGUGGGGUUUACUCCCAGGUAAGUGUGCAUAGGAUGGUGGUCUUAUCUCAGAGCUUGCACUGCCGGAGAUCAUGAGCGAUCACUUGCUCCCCCUGUCCUGCUGCAAACUUUGGGAGUGAAGGAGGCAAGGCAGUGGAAGGUGAAGGUGGUGGCUGUUCCUAACUCCCUCCUUCAAAGCUUACAGCUGGGGUAUGUCUCUUUCCUGUUGUUUCAUCAAUAAAGCUCAAUAAAACUGGAACAGUUUCUGCACCACCACCCUCAAGCUCCAGGGCUGCAGCUCCACAAUGUGGGCGAUGGUCACAGUGAGCAGGCAUCUACCCCCCUGCCUAUAGGAAUCUUUCUGUUUGCAGGUAUAGGGAAGGGCAAUUCGUAUUAUUUACAUUUGGGGAAUUUUGAAAUGGAGAUUGGCAUAGUAACAGCUUGCAUUGUAUAUAAUCAGUGCAAGAUGUGCUUAAAGCAGAUUCUAAAGGCAGCUAAUUUUGGGUGGAGCCUCCCAAGAGUUAGAAAUACAGAUCUAAUUUUAACAGCGUUGAAAAACCGAUUUGUUGCUUUUAAGCUUUGGUACUGUGGUAGAAAAUCUUGCUUCCUGUAUUUUUUCUUCACUCAACCAUUUUGUGGUAUUCUUCAGCAUGAAAAUGCUUGCAUCUUGCAGAACGUUUUGCAUCAGUGAUAUUAUAAUGUGGCCCAAGCUCUAAAUAUACAUGAGCCAAUGUGGUGAUAGAAACAGCAUGCUCUUAAAUGUUGCUAUGAAAUAUGUUUUGCACUAAGUAAAGCAGCUUUGUGCUCAAUAGCACCUUCUGGUGGCAACUUUGUCUUGGAAGGCAAAGGGGUAAGGGAAGAUGGUGGUUUAUCUCCCUAGAAAGGUGAACAGAAACUCUUUGCCCUCUGAACCAGGAAAUAAUGGGAGUUUCCACUUGGGGUGAUUAGAUCAAGUGCUCCAACUUAAACGUGAGAGAGAUUCUGAUGUGUCUUUUCUCCCCUAUUGCAGCUGGCAGGGAAGCAGACGACAUUGUCAACUGGUUGAAGAAACGCACCGGCCCAGCAGCCACUGCCCUGGCAGAUGUAGCUGCUGCUGAGAAACUGGUGGAAUCCAGUGAAGUUGCUGUGAUCGGGUUCUUCAAGGUAGAGUGCUUCAUUUGGUUACUGUUGUUUUUAGCUGACCUCCCUUGGAGGCCUUUAUCUGGGAAGAGAUUACACCAGGGCUCGCUAACCUGUUUGGGUCUAUGGGCAGUCUAACACAAAGUUCCCUGGGUGACCUGAGCCUAGACAGUCUCUUAACCUAACCUACCUCCCAUUGGGGAGGAGGAGAACCAUGUAUGGCACAUUCAGCUCUUAGGGGGAAGGUGGGAUAAAAAUAGAAUAAAUAAACUUGCAAACCAGAGAAACUUGUGGGCAUCGCACACCACAACCUGUUCAAUUGGUUACAGUAGAAUCGCGCCCAAUUUCAGCGGGGAGGGGAAUUUGUGGACACAGGGAAAUUACAUCUAGAGUAUGAUGCCAAUUUCUUUUUCCCAUCUUGGCUCUUUGUUGUUCUUGCAUCACUGAGUAAGCAACAUGCAUCAAAUCAAGGCAUGGUGUGGAGUAUUUAAAACUUAAAAUCUUCCUUCUUUCUGUUAGGAUGCAGAAUCUGAUGCUGCCAAGCAGUUCUUGUUGGCAGCAGAGUCCAUUGAUGACAUUCCUUUUGGGAUCUCUUCCAACAGCGAUGUAUUUGCCAAAUACCAGCUCAGCAAAGAUGGAGUUGCCCUUUUUAAGAAGGUGAGUGGUGCAAAAUAUUCCCAUUAUGUGCUAAGUCUGGCUGGCUGCACUCUGCUUCCCCAAUAUGUUUCUAUUCCACAUCCACCCACACUGUUACUGUAUUUGUAGAAAGUUCACACAGGUCCAAAUAGUGCUCUAAAAACUUGAUUUGAAGGAGGAAAUUGGAAAUCACUUGAAUUUUUUCUCAUCAGCUUCCCCCUCCCUCCUGGAAGUGUUCUUAUAUCCUAAGGCUUUAGCCUGUAAAACCCAGUUGCUUCCUCAAAGGGUACUUCUAGUAUCACAACUGAAGUGGUAGUGUGAAGAGGAACUGAUGCCAGGCUUUUGUUUUCAAUGUCAGUAUAGAUGACUAAGGCAAGAGAAUCUUAAUGAUUGGCAGCAAGACUCGUUGCCACUUAAAUUGCAAUUCUCUGGAACAAAACCAGUCUUUCCAUUGCUGAGCUUGUUGGUGGAAGCCAAGCACACUGGAUGGAUUGUGAAAGCAGAACAGGAAGAAGCAGUCUGAGUAGCUUAUUCAGCAAGUUAACCUUGUUAAUAUAAUAGCGAGGUCUGUUCACAUGUUAGAGAACCAGAAUGGAGGAGGUAAUUUAGGGGGGGAAACUUCCAAACAGGGACACUUGUGGGGGAAAAACACCCCUGCUUUGUGUUGCAAGCCACAAGAGCAAGAUCUUGACUCAUGCCAUUAUCAAUAUUUAGGUUGCCAAAGUGGUUUGUCAAAAGGUAUGGGGCCCUCAGCGGAGCAACCAUUAAGGGAGGAAAUCUCAGACUCCAGAAUCCUCCAGAACUUACUGUAGUUGCGGGCAUUGACUUUUGAUAGUGGGAAUGAGCGCCAUUACAAAGUGGAUGGAGACCCCACAGUGUCCAUACCCUUCUCUCCACCUGAGAAGAGUAGAGCAACGCAUGCUCUCUCCUGCUGUAAAGGCAUCUAUAGCCUGUAGAUUACACCCUGACUGCCUCUUUAAGGUCAAUUCUCCCUGCUUCAAACAGGCUUUUCCACCUUCAAGUGUUUGGCAUGUUAAGCUGAAUACUUGCUUUUUGAAACCUUUCAAUCUGUUAAGGGGGUGGGGAAGUUGUGUUUGGCCAUCAUUUUUAUUAAAGGAUAGGAGGUAAAUUUCUGAUUGGCCAGCUCUUCUAUCUAAAGGGGGUACUUUUCUGAGUGGCUUAGAACUUUCCUCACUCUUAUUCUCCGUUUCUUGCUCCUCAGUCUCGGAGCUGUUGAGACUUCAACCAGCCAAAGUGAAAACAAAUCCCUUUUAGUUGCCAAAAGGACACUUGCCCAAGCUUCUGAACUCUUCAGGUGCACACCUGUCAAAUGCUUGAAUUUUUACACGGUUAACUCUUUGGUGCUGCCAUUUUAUUUUUAUUUUUUUUGCUUCCAACCAAAAUGAAACAAACUUUCAGCAGAUGCUAUAUUUGAAUCUGUUCCUACCACAUUUGCACAUGGCCCCAUAGAGCUUGAGUGUCAUGAAGUGACCUCACUGAUGCCCAGGAAUAUUGUUUGGAAUGAGACGAAACCGUGUAAGCAGUUACAGAAUUGGACAGGACGUGAAAUACCCCUGCAGCUGUUAAGUGGUGAAGCACUGGGAGGAAUUCUGUGUAGCGCUAAGCAGAUAGCUCUGUCAGCACGAUAAUUUCUGCUUGCCUGAUGGAAUGACCUGCCUCUCUUUCCCUGCUGAUAGUUAUAUACCCUCCCUCCCCACAUGUUGUUCUGGGGAUUGUUCACACACAAACACAUAGAGUAAAGCCCUGCUGUGUUCGCAAAGUCUUUGUAUGGUCUUCCGCUAGCAGGCCUCUAAACAUUGGGGCUGGUGAGAGUGGCACUCAGAAUCUUCUGGACUGUGGCAAGAUGCUUUUGGAAUCUUGAGGUAUCUCUAAGUUGGCUAGUUUCUGCUAAGAUUACAGGGUAUAGUAAAAGCAGAGCUGGUAGGUUCUAAAUCAGGCCCUCCAAAUGUUUUGAGACUACAGUUCCCAUCAUCCCUGACCACUGGUUGUGCUAGCUAGGGAUCAUGAGAGUUGUAGGCCAAAAACAUCUGGAGGGCCAACGUUGAGGAAGUCUGUUCUAAAUGCAUCUCACUGGAGGUACAUGAAGGCCAGGAACUGGUUUAUUAUAAGUCUUAUGUAGCACCCAUAAAUAAGCAGAGGUGUUAUUGGCAGAACCGUAGAACAUCUAGUCCCUGGUAAGGCUGCACAUUUUAAAGUUUUGUUUCUUUGUGAACGCUGGCUUGUGCCUCCUUGCCAGGUGCAUUCUAAUAAACUGUUCUUCAGGGAUAGGUUGUAUUAAAAACUGGCAUUUUAUAAAACACUUCUGAAUGUGCCAACAGCAUUUUUGGUUAACCUGCCAAUGUGAAGGCAGGUAGCUCUUACUAUAUAUAUAUGGUGUCUGAGGGAAUACUGGCUUACCUAAGGCUACCUAUUGAGUUCAUGGCUAAGGUGAGAUUUGAACACAGCACUACAACUACCCAACUUUGCUUUUUGUUUCUUUGUCUUUUGCAUAAGCUUCAUGUUGUCUUGAAGUAGAUUUCUUUGUAUAACUUUCCUGGAAAGUUACUCAAACAGGGACCUAUGUGUGCGUCCCCCAGAGUCGUGUCGCUAGGGAGCCCAGCCAAUGGGAUCACUGCUUUCCCUUGCAUGUCUUCUUGGUGGAUAACCUUGAUUCUCCUAUGUCUGUUACUCCCUGCCCCUUUCCAGGGUGCCAGGAAAGAUUUUGAGAACCUGGACAGUAAUAGGUGUUGCUCUGCAGCAAAAUUAUUCCUGGCAGAGGAAUGAUAGCGUGCUUUCUGACUUCAGUUCCUGCUUGGCUAACAAUAGCCCUGCAGGGAUGUGUUGUCCUCUGAGUAAACUGCUAUAUAUUUACUGGUUCCAUGUUGUGUGCUGCUGCCUAGGACACUACCUCCUUUUUAGUGGUUCUGUUGAUCAGAGAAAUAUAUCUGCUUCCAGCAGACCUGCACAACCUGUUGCCUGCCAGGAAAUGAGCAACCUGCUUCUGUGACUUUUGAGAGUUGUGUAUUUAAAAUACUGUAGAAUAUUGAUGAAACCCCUUUUGAGGUAGUGGGUACCCCGGUGCAAGAAUCUGGCAAUCCACUUAGUCCCAAACUCCUUUCUAGUCACUGCUCUGUUUACUCCUAUGGAGCCUUGAAUCCUAGCUUGUUAGUAAGAUGAGAGCUUUGGCAGAGAUUCUACCCUGGAUUUUAACUUGAGGAAUUCUGUGCCUUGCUUGUAGUGUGAAAUGUGCACCGUAGUUUGUGUCAAGACUUGUCAGUGGGAGCCCUACAGAUAUAACACUCAGGAUUGUGUAUUCUGUACUUGUAAAAAUUGGAGAAAUAAUGGAUAGAAAGCAAGCUGGACUCCAUGUUUGCCUUUUUUACAUAAAUCUGAAUAAUAGCCUGGUUGUGGCAGAAGAUAAAUGUUAGGCCCUAAAGUCCCAUUCCUCAAACUAUUGACCUGUUUUACAUGUAAUACUAGUCCAAACUAUGACAUGGCAUGUGGGCUACUGGAGAGAGCCGUUUUGCUUCUCUGCUCCUCCUGCAUUUGCUGUGAGCUAAGUUGUGAUUUGGCUCAGUGUUGUGUUUGAACCAGAGUUCGUGGUUCACACACCACAAGCAUCCAAGCCCAGGUUUGGAUAACACGUGAGCUUGAACCAGUCUGUGGUUUACAGCAGUGCAGUGGCGGAAGGACUGGAGGAGGAGCAAAAUGGCCACAAUCUCAUCCCUGGUAGUCAGGUGUGUUCAAGCCAUAGCUUGGCUUAGGAUUGAAUGUGAACUGAGCCAUUCUCGGUUUUGCUGUGCCAGCCUUUAGUCCUACAUACUUGCACACAUUUUUUCAUAGACAUAAGGGUUAGAAGCCUAAACCACCACCGACGUUUUCAGGAAACCAAAUGAUUUACUCAAUACCAAAUUCUGCAUUCCUGUAGAGUUGUGGCAGACACUCAGUCUGCCCAUAACCUGCGUUUUGGUGAUAAGUAGGCUGAUGACCCAACUGUAACUCUUGAUUGAUCUCAACCGUAAGUCGGCUUGAUUUAUUCUCACGAGUCCCUUUGUGCUUGUUUCCAGUUUGAUGAAGGACGUAACAACUAUGAAGGGGAGAUAACAAAAGAGAAUCUGUUGAACUUCAUCAAAUCAAACCAGCUGCCCUUGGUGAUUGAAUUCACUGAACAGGUAUGGAAGUGGCUCUCUAGCAAGGCAGGGUUGGUUGGUUGGUUGGUUGGUUGGCUGGCUGGCUGGCUGGGUGACCUAACCCACACCUUGAUCUGUGUCUACCAAUCAGGAGUGGAGAAUUCUAACCAUACAAAUUAUACCAAGUAGAAUGAACUGUAAAUGAGGGAGGGGGGAGUUUGCAUAAUCUUGGCAACCGGUAACACUCUUGGCCCUAGCAUGCAUCUAUUUGUUCUUCCGCAGACGGCACCCAAAAUCUUUGGAGGAGAGAUCAAGACCCACAUCCUGUUGUUCCUGCCCAAGAGUGUUACAGACUACCAGGGAAAACUGGAUAACUUCAAAAAAGCAGCAGAGAGCUUCAAAGGGAAGGUGAGGACCAGGAAGUGACGUAUUAAAAAUCCUUUCUUUGCUCCCUAGGCUUCCCAGGUGGUGAACACUGGCACUUACAGUGGUACCUCUGGUUGCGAAUGGGAUCCGUUCCGGAGCCCCGUUUGCAACAUGAGCAGAAUGCAACCCGCGUCUGCGCGGGUCGCGAUUCGCCGCUUCUGCACAUGUGCGCAACGUCAUUUUGAGCGUGUGCGCAUGCGCGAGCGGUGAAACCCAGAAGUAACCCUUUCUGGUACUUCGCCAUGGGAUGCAAUCUGAAAAGAUUUAACCUUUAGCAAACAUAACAAGAGGUAUGACUGUACAGUUCUAAUAUUGCGGCUCCUCAGGGAGGACAUGGAUUAGGAUCAUAGGAGUUUCAGAAUAUAGAUAAGCAACAUGAAAAGUAGCACAAGCUGCUUUAGCAUAGACUGCUCCUGAAUAGCCCCAGCAAUCAGGUGACAACUCUAGAAAGAAGUCUUUGAAUGGAAUAAGCUUGGUCAAUGGUUGUACUGAAACACCCUGGGGAGACUUGAGGAAUGUUCAGGGGAGCCCUGGGGGGCGGGGAACCAUCCUUUCAUUAACUUGCAAGCUCAUAUCUUCCUGCAUUAUCUCUCUCUUUUACUCUGAGGAACAUUCAGGGGAGAUGGCAGGGACAGAAUGGGGCGUGUGAAGCAAAGGGGCAGAAUGGGGAGUCCCCACUGACUCGAGCCCUGUAAUGGAACCCCAGGGACUCCCCCAGGGAAGCUGCAGAAAGGUUGUGGUUGGUUAAGGGAGCCAUGGAAUCAGAAAGGUUGAAAACCACUGAGCUAAGUAUUUGACAACUAUUAAGCGGACAAGAACUUGCUUUAGGCUUAUAGUUGGGCAUGAAACACAAUUAGGGUGGCAGGAGAAAGAAUAGUUACUUAAGGAGGACAUAAAUAGCUAGUUUCUUGCCUGUGCCAUGCACUUGUCUAAUGCCUCAAUUCCACUGUUGUUCUUCCUCUCUCCUCCGCCAAGAUCUUGUUCAUCUUCAUAGACAGUGACCACGGCGAUAACCAGAGGAUCUUGGAGUUCUUUGGCCUCAAGAAAGAGGAGUGCCCUGCCAUCCGCCUCAUUACCCUGGAGGAGGAAAUGACCAAGUACAAGCCGGAUUCAGAAGAGCUGACUCCAGAAAACAUCAGGGACUUCUGCAAUAAGUUCUUGGAGGGCAAAGUUAAGGUAAUUCUUUUUUCCCUUCCUUUUUUGUAUUUUGUUCUUGAGACAGGCAUCCAUGUGAGGUGAUCCCUGCAGCACGAAUCACACGAAACCUGAGAACAGUCACGUGGCACGAAGUCUUUCAAGCUGGCUUUGCAGCACGUCCAGCAGCCCAGUAUUUAGACUUCAUGCUGAGAAGCCCAAAGGGCAAAGCCAGUGGGGCACGGUGCCAGUAUGGAAAUAGCCUUUAAAUGCUGAUAAAGUGAGCUUGACAAGUCUGGGAGCUGCUCAUAGAACUGCAUCACCAGCUCUUAAGAACUACCUCUGCCUUAAUGGCUGCAUGGCCUUGUCCUCACGUGGCACGAGCGCUUGGGAGGCUUCCAUCUUAAUCUGGAGACGAAAGCAGCUGUACAGAGCCAGCUACUGCUUUUGUUCUGCCCCACACCUGAAUUUUGCAGGGCUCUUUCUUGGCUCUGCCUAUUUCAUUUACUUUCCUUGCCUCCCAUUAUUCCUUUUCCUGUUCAGUGAAGUUGCAGCCUUCAUCUUAAUUACUCAGUCGACUGGACAAGUACACCUUUAAAGAAAAUCAGCAGGUCCUUUGAAAAACUGGAAGGGAUUAUUAAACGAGGCUAAAAGUUCAGGAUGACCUUUCUAAUUGGGAAAGCUGAGUUGAUGAUAGGGAAGAAAAAGUAUUGUGAUACCUGGCUUGAUGGACAUUCUUGAAUAGGAUACAGGACUAUGGUAGAUCUAUUUUGGAACACAUAGACAGUAAGGUGUUGCAUGACAUAAAAGGUAAAAUACAUUCUAGGUUGUAUUAAUACAUAUUCAUGUUGUAGUACUCUUUUGGUCAGCCUGUUAACAUGAGUGCGAGCAUGUGGUCAACGAAGCCCCUGCCACUUGGCUGUAAAGGCUGAGUGUUACAUAUCUAUAUGCUUCCCCCAUAUCAGACUCUGUAGAUAGGAAGCUGGUGCAUUUCUGGAGAAGGAAAGGCUAGAACUCUGUUCUGCUCUGUAGCGUUCUGCUAGAUUGGGGGUAUAUGGUCAUUGAAUCAUGCAGUCCCCCACCUUCACACUAAAGGUGGUACUGUCCCAUAGGUGAUGUAACAUAUGCCUCCUUUUUAGCCAGCAUUCCUCACUUCUGAAAAGACACUUGAAGUUGUUUAAAACUACAGGGAUGGUUUGUGUGCUGGAAAGCAGAUAGGAAUAGAAACAUUCCAAAGACCUCUAACCUCAGAGAAGGUUAUGUUCAGCAUUGGCCUGUUUGAAGACCCCUCACAUUCAUGAGAUACAGUAUGCACGGUCUUCAAGCAAAAGUAGAUCUACGGUUGAACAGUUUUGAGUUGGGAGUUUCAAAGCAGUUGAUAGAUGGAAGAUGUAGCCUAGGGGAAGUUGUAGGGGAUUUUUCAGAUGGGCUUCAAGACAAAUUGAAUGUUAAGCAUGUUGGAAGGAUAGAACACUUAAUAGAACCCUCUGUUUGCAUGCGGAAUGUCCCAGCUUAGAUCCCUGGCACCUCCAGGUAGGUCUGGGAGAGGUAGUCCCUGGAGAUCAGCGAGCUGAAUGGACCAAUGAUCUGACUUCUGUACAAGACAGCUGGCUCUGUACACAAUUUUGACACAAUGGUCUAAUAGGUCCCUUUCAUUUUUAAAAUGCUCUGGAAAACAUCCUAGACCUCCUCUAGGGCUGGGUGAUAUAUUGUCCAAAACUGAUAAAUCCGUAUUGUGAUAUCAGUUUCAUAAUUUUUGACCUGGCAAUAUAUUGUGAAUCGUGUGUGUGUGUGUGUGUGUGUGUGUGUACAUGCGCUAUGCAAACAUAAUCCUGCAUGAAAAACCAUGAAGCCCUCCAAUGCCUGUACAUACUGUAGCUCCAUCUUUGUUUUAGACAUUGUGUUUAGCUGGUGAUGUUGAAAACCAGAUAUCGCCCAGCCCUAACUCCCUCUUGUAAAAAUAUUGGAACUAAUCUGACUCUUGCAGCCAUCUCCUCUUGCUUGCUGUGCAUAUAUCUUGCCAUGCAUUUCUUUUGUUCUUUAACUGAAGCAGAGUGGGCUCUGUCUGCUCAGCAUGCCUAUGCCAGCUCCCUGUAAACACGCAUCCUUCAUGCAGCAGCUCAUGAAGGACAUGGCUGGGUCAUUGGGUGGGGUGGGGGUUGACUUUGAAGGAGGAAGUCUAUAUUAAUCUGACUUUUUAUAGCCUCUGGCUUUUGUCAGUUGCUCUGCCCUGUCUUGGAACAGUGGGUGGGAGGGUUUCCUGUUGGCGCAUUCCAUGCUGUUGCUUUCAUGUGGGUUCCUUUUUGCUUGUCUGUUUCAGCCCCAUCUGAUGAGCCAAGAUGUUUCUGAUGACUGGGACAAACAACCUGUCAAAGUUCUGGUUGGGAAAAACUUUGAAGAAGUGGCCUUUGAUGAGAAUAAGAACGUGUUUGUGGAAUUCUGUAAGUAUUUCGGUAGCUGAGCCCACAUGCACUCGCACCUUGGCGCAUCCUGUCUUGAGUUGCACAGGUUCGGCUAGCGAAGAAUGUUUCUUAGGUGGCAGGAACUGGAACUGAGGAGUGAGUGGUUCUUGUUGAACAGAUGCUAAUCUGGGUUUUGUCCCCUUUCUGACUUGCAGAUGCCCCCUGGUGUGGCCACUGCAAGCAGCUGGCUCCCAUCUGGGAUAAACUAGGCGAGACGUACAAAGACCAUGAAAACAUCAUCAUUGCCAAAAUGGACUCCACAGCCAAUGAAGUGGAGGCCGUGAAAGUCCACAGCUUCCCUACCCUCAAGUUUUUCCCCGCAGGCCCUGGCAGAACGGUGAGGAGACCGGUGGUUGGUCUCUGUAGGUGGCUGCCCCUGGGUGUUUCUCUUUCCCCUCCCAGGGUGUGCCUUGGUUUGAGUUGCUGAGGGUGGGUUCACAGGGGGUUCUUGCUAUUGUAGAGGGGAGGAUUGCUUCAUAGAGGAUGGUGCUCAUGUACGGGCUAUUCUCUCCUCGCAGCAAUCAUGGGAAUCUAGUGGCUGGCUGCUCUUCUUCGACUCAUAUGGGUGAAGGUGAAUUUUCCAAUCCCUUUUUUUUUGCUUAGCUGUUCAGAAAGUGAUUCUUCAGCCCCCAGUGCCCAGCUUUGCCUUUCGACUGCUGACACACUUCCUCCUUUGCUUUUGCAGGUUGUAGACUACAAUGGCGAGAGAACGCUGGAAGGUUUUAAGAAGUUCCUGGAAAGCGGCGGAAAGGAUGGUGGUGUAGAUGAAGAUGUGAGUAUCUAAACCCAGGCCCUGUUGGGCACUGGCCUGUGUAGCUGUUUUAGGGCAGGGUUCAGAUGCGAUCCCCGAGGAAGGGAAGUUUUGUCCUGCAAAGCUACUUCGGGCUUACUGUGACAGCCAAGAAUGCUGGUUCCUUAGCAACUUGUAAAUAAAGCACAGCUGGUAAUACCCAGAAUGAACUGGGGUGGUGGGGAAGGGUGUUCCUGAAUACGUGCCAUUCCAUGUGGACUAACCAGGCCACACAAACAGGCAGUCAGCCUGUGGGAGCCCCACCAUUCCCAGAUCAACUGCAAAUGUUCAAGAACAUGACUUUUUUUUACAUUCCUCCCAGCGUUGACCCUACUAUCUGUAGUUCUCGAGAGAUGACCCUACACUGAAUUGGCUCUUUCUCCAGCACCAGGUGCGAGUGUCCUCUUGCUUGAGUCAAGUAGUCGCUGCUGCCAGCAUGUGUAACAAUUUUUGCUUGUUCUGUUGCUGUGCUAGCAAUGCUACUGGCUCUUUGCAGCACUGCUAGGCUUAUCUGGGUGCUGCUGCCCAGCAGGAGUAGCAGCUGAACAUAGAGGGGGUAAAGCUCAUAGCCCAAGUUAGAAUUGCUGUGCAUUCAGGGCUGUCGUUCCUCCAUUUCCAUUGGAUACAGGGAGCAACUGGUGACCCAGCCUUUGCACCUCUGCAUGUUCCCGGACCCUGUAUGGUGGGUUCUGUGUGAUUUAAAGCUCUGUAGACUACACUUCUAGACCUACAGUUAUCAAGGGUGCCAGCUGUUUGGUACAGUGACCAUGAGCAAUGCAUACACAGAAACUGUAUCCUGAUUUGAUUCCUUUGUCCCUGUUUUGAGCUUAAGCCUUUGCACCAGGCUUUGUUAUUUAAGAGUGAACUGGCUUUGAUAUUCAGCAUCUUGGUGAUAGACACUAUGAUUAGCUAUCACUUAUAUGGUUUUCAGGCACAGACCUGGCACUAACAUGUAGCUGAGACCUAGCAGAGUAGAGCUGGCCGGCCCCAUUUUGCUUCAGCUUGUUUCUUUAUCAUCUCUGUACACUUUGGAAAUUUGGAUUUAUAUUCAGUUUGGUUGUUUGUCAGGUUCCAACACCUUGAAGACAGAUAGCUUUUGAACCUGUGUUCUAUAAGAUGUCACCGGUGGAAGUUUGGGUAUAAAAACGUAAGAGUACUGAGCAAAAGAAUUGGCCAAAAAUGGCCAUUAAAUCUUCUUGGAUUGUAGCAGGUCCUUGAAUCUGGGUUUCAUGGAAACAGAUUUUGAAUUGAAGAAUGUGAUUGAAUUGGAGGCAAACAAAUUCUGUCCUUCCUGUGAAUGGUAUUCCAGUCCCUCACGGCUGAUUUUUGGAGGUGGUGUGUUGGCUGUUGGCUGGCCCUGUGUAUUUCUUGCAAGUGCUUUUGCAUUUUCUCAUUCUGAGAAGAAUAGUGUGCUAGCAGGGUUUUCAUAGUUGCUAGCUCAACAGCACAGUGUGUACUCCAUUCAAAAAGCAUUGGUACCAGAUGCUGAGAACAGGAUAAUGCUAAACAUCUGUCUGUUAUUCAGCAUAGGCUGUUGUUGAAGAUAACAGCCUAUAUUCUUUGCUUCUUGUCAGUAUGCUGGUAGCCAGUCUAUAUUCUUUCCUAAGGCAAUGCAGUGGAAUGGUAUGGUGCAGGAAUGUCCAAGAGGUCGAUUGUGAUCUACUGGUAGAUCCCCGGGAGGUUUUGGUAGAUCGUGGUCGAUCACUGGGUCCCUUUCCUUAGCGCUGGUAAAAUAGAAUUCGGCCUCACCCUGCCCUCCAUUUUUGCAUGAUCUGCAGAAUGGAAGAUGGAGUUUACUCAGUGAGGCUGUUGUUUCCUCAGCGAUCUGUUGGUGAGCUCAACAGCUAUGACCUGAACCCCCCAAAAGGGGGUAGAUCACUGCCAGUUUUUCAUUCUGUGAGUCUCUUGGGAGUUGGCCACCUCUGGUAUAGUGUAUAUGAAAUCAUUGGCUGAGGGUAUGCAAAUCACUGAGGAUUUUGCAAGCCACUGAAAGUCAACACUUCUGAAGGAAGAACAGAACAUUGGUGGGUUUAGAUCACAAAUCUAAGGAACAGCCAAUUGGAUUUGCAGUAUAGAGUACUGCAUCAGUCAUUCGGACUGAAUUUCCACUUGUUUUGCUUAUUACUGUGAAUGGAGCAUUUCCCUGAUAAUGAACCUGAAUGUGACCUGUCAGGAUCAUCUCCUAUGAUUAUACCUAUUCUGGAGCUACUACUAAUAUUUACUUAGAAAGUUCAAAGACAGAUACUGGAACAGCUGCCUUAAUCGCAGCUUCACUUUAUCUGUUAUUUUUGGUGUGUUUGUGUGUGAAAGUGAGAUCAGAUUUUACUUUAACAGUACAGUGGUACCUCAGGUUAAGUACUUAAUUCAUUCCAGAGGUCCAUACUUAACCUGAAACUGUUCUUAACCUGAAGCAUCACUUUUAGCUAAUGGGGCCUCUUGCUGCUGCCACGCCACUGGAGCACAAUUUCUGUUCUCAUCCUGAAGCAAAGUUCUUAACCUGAAGCACUAUUUCUGGGUUAGCGGAGUCUGUAACCUGAAGCGUAUGUAACCCGAGGUACCACUGUACAUGGUUGUGUUAAUGAAGUUUUAAUUCUAAAGUAAGUUUCUUAGAGGUCUUUUGUGCACUUCUUGGUCGAGCAAAACGUUAAAAUCACCAACUUGGUUUUCAGAUGUGAUGGCAUUCAUCUGAUUCAGAAUGCUAUAUAAAUGGAGAAUGUGCUAAAGUUGGUACAGCAGGAUUUUUUUAUCCAUUCAAAUAAUUUUGAGAUGUAUAGGGCAAGCAGAAAGCCAACAGACCUGGUGUUGACCCCAUUGUCUUACAAGUUCCUUCUGCCUGGUAUAUGGAAAUUUGUAGGUUGUUUCCAUUUUUAAUUUUUUUUUGCCUUGAGUGACUUGAUGGAAUGCAUGGACUUUCCUUGGCCUGCACAUCUUGGGAGGCAGGACUCUGUCUGCCAGAGGAGCAAAGUUCUGAGCAUAGAGGCAGUUACAUGAGUUUCUCAUGUUAUUAAGGGCAAUGACAGCUGCGCUGGCAGGACCUAACUGUGUGUUGGCCUCCUUGGCACUGGCUGUGAGAGAAGCUGCAGCUGACCAAGCUUUUGCUUCUUCAUUUAAACAGGAUCUGGAAGAUCUAGAGGAUGCUGAAGAGCCAGAUGCAGAAGAAGACGAUGAUGACGCAAACACUGUAAAAGAUGAACUGUAAAGACAAGUCCAAUCUGCAUAUCCCCAGACACUACACUGUGGCUGCCACUUCAUGCAGUUAAGCAAGUCCAGAACCAACUUGAACCAGAAGGCAGAUGCUGUCUGAGAGUACAGGGAAUGGUCUAAAGUAACCCUUCAUCCUAACUUGUCUGUCAACUGAUUCCUCUACUUAAUUUUUAUUAUUAUUAUUUUCAGUUUGGAAGAGGGAUCUGCCUAGGUAGCCAGCCCUGCUGGGUCUUCUCUUUCCCCCCUCCUUUACACACUGUGAUGUACAUUUUCUUUUCCUAGAGUGUUCUGUGAUCUGGGUAGAAGCAGAUUGAAACGGCAACAUGUCCCAUUGCCUAACUCACUUUGGAGCCUCACCAGUAAUGCCGCCUUAAAACUUACUCACACUUGUCCAAAUGUCAUAAGCUGCUGUUGGCCCAGCAGGGUCUUGGAUACUGUCUCGGCUGUUUUUCAAUUACUAUUUCUUUUUGGGGCUGCUCCGGUGUGGAGGAACCUACUGGGCUGACCACGGUGGUGGCAGUGGAAAGGGAAAUGAGCAGGUCCUCUUAACUCAUUGCAUGGUCUUGCUUCCCUUUUAUGCUGAGCAGUAUAUGUAUCUCUCUCUUCCAAAGAUUAGGAUGGCAUAAAGACUGUCCUUGAGGGGGAAAGGACCCAAUUAUUCCUGAGGCAAAACCUUAACUGGUGUUGCCACCUUGCCCCCUGAACAAACAAUACGACUUGCUCUUUAUACAUUUGCUUUGUGAAUGGGUCUCCCAGGCAUUUACAGAGCUGUUUGGGAAGGGGCCUACCAGAAUGAAACAAAAAGGACACUCAAUAACUAGGUUUUUUUUGUGGGGGUACUUGAGAGCCAAGGAGUGAUGGGAGGACAAGAAUGUAUGUUGACAGAAUUGGAAUUAGUUUGGAGCGUCUAUGAUGCUAAAAGGAAUGGAACUCAUUGGCCAAAUAAAAGUUGAUUUUAAUACUA